UAUUACACCGUUUGUCCGGUUUAAUAGCUCUGUUGAAAGCCUUGAAGUUAGUCACUGAUCUAAAUGUAUUGUCCGGUUUAAUCACUUGAAUUGGGCUAUUAAUUAUUGGAGAUUUUACCUCUUUAAUAACGUUUUGCUCUAACAAUUCUUAUAUUCUCUGUUUAACUCUUCUUUGGUUUAUUCAUUGGUCGGAUACAGGCGUUGAGGUUCCCGUAUUCAUCCUAUUAUUUUUCGUGAGUGUAGUUUUCGUCAACAGCUCCUCAAUCAUGUUUAAUUUACCAAAAAGUGUUGUCUCUCCGCAUUCGUAUUAAUCUUUUUUCUCCUAAGAUCCUAUCAUCUUACUCCUAAUUCGUUUUAAUUCCUCCUCUAAAGUUACUUCUUUCAUCUUAAUAUUUUUCUUAAGUUCCAGCAAGUAAGUUUUCGUUACAUUUACUUGUUUUAAUUUCAAUAUUUUUUGCGUUUUAAUUCUGUUGUACGUCUGAACACUAAUUCUGCUCUUCAUCUUUUAGUGGUGUUGUUGUAAUUGAUAUCCGCGCUCCAGAAUCAACUCCUUUUAACAAAAUUAACUAAAAUAAUUUUUUUAUACUUUAACCUAUAUGUUUUUAUUACAUUUCUAUCACAGAUAUUCUGUUUUAACGAAACCUUUAUUCAAUUGUCAUUCCGACGUUUCUAUCGGUCUCUGAUAACUAUGCAACCCAGUAUCACGACCAGACGUGAAAUACUCACGUUGGUCCACGUUGGAAAACGUGUAGAUGUCACAGUUUAACACCCUCAGACGUGAAACUUACACGUUUGAGAGACGUGAAUCUUACACGUUUGCGUCCAGUGGCGAAAUACCCGGAUGUUGACCUAUUAAACUCUGCCAUAACCUAUUUUGAUUUUCAUUAAACCGAGUAAAAUGGCAUUCUGUUGUAUUGACGAUCACUGAGCAAUUUUCUAUUUAAUUAUUUAAAAUGUAAGUAACAUAUUUAAACGGUGAAAAGCAUUAAAAAAAACCCGUCUAAAUGUCAUAUUAUUAUUAAAGUAAUGAGUAAAACGUCUAUUUUUCUUGCUUCCCCCAGCUAGGUGAAAGGUAAACAAUGUAUUAUAUCGACGUUUACCAUGUUAACCAUAACCUUUUAAAUACUCAACCUAGUUCCGUUGCUUAGCAACUCCAGUAACUUCAGUGCCAUUGGUUUAAGAACCUGCUUAUACAGAUAAGGAGACAUUAUGUGUUCGCUGCAUAUGUAAUGUUUUAAUUCCGUAAAUAAUUUUUUUGCUGUGUAUGGUAGAAAACAUCAAUAAUCACAUACUCUUUCCAAACGUGAGAACUACACGAAAGGGGGACCUCGCGUGACGUCACCGUAAUUUGCUAAAGUUUAAUUUAAAGAAGAAAUAAAAAAACGCCGAAUAACUAUUCACAUGAUUAAUACUCUCAAACGUGAAACUUGCAUGUUUUUCCAGCUGUGGAAAUUUUGGAAAAAAAUACCGUUAUUGCCCAUUAAUGAUGACGUUUUUCCCGCUUGCAACCACGACUUCCUCCUCUUCGGACUUCAUCAAGCAGGUAAGACGCGUUGACAACAAUAUGUAUAACAAUGUAAUUAUACAAGCGCUAUAUUAAAUAACAUAUUUAAUAUGUGUAUGGUGUUCUUUGGUCACUGUAUAUAGUUAUAUAAUAUUCAAAGCUAUAAACUUUCAAUGUUGACCUUACUGUAUGUAACCUUAGGUAUUUGGGUUAUUAAGGAUUUACCAAGAAUAAAUGGCCUAUUCUAUGAGAAUAUGGAAAUUGGUGAAUACAGGCCUAAUAAAUGAAUAUUGAUGCUCAAUGCAGGCCUUAUUAGGCUCUCAUACAGACAUAUUAACUUUAGUUAUUUGUUAAUUGCUAAUAAUUAUUCCCUAAUCUUAAAUGUUACCAUCAUUUCAUCAAUCAGUUCAACUUAAAUAUUUUAUCAGUUAAUAAUUUUAAUCAUUUCAAUUGAUAUGAUCAGAGCUCUUGUUUAAAAUGGACCAGUUCGGUACAUCAAAAAAGGUUUUAUGAUUGGCUAUGUAUACCCAGAUAGCACAGGUACGUCUGCAAGAUGUCUGGUAAAGAUCUGGAGAUCUGGAAUACAUCUGUUGUGUAAAAACAUCCUAUAAAGGUCUUAGAAAGAGCUGCUUUACAUACAUUCUAAAUCAAAAACGUCUUGCAGACGUCUUCAAUAUGUCUAUAUGACAUCUUUGGAAACGUCUCAGAGACAUAUUGCAGAUGAGCAAACAAUCUAAAUAAUACGUCUUGCAGAUGUAAACGCAGACAUCAAAUAGACGUCUUCGAUAUGUAUGUGUGCUAUCAGGGUAGUGUUUGUCGUAUUGUUAAUUGGGCUAACUUUAGCUGUCCCUUAUACAUAGGCUAUAAACUCAUAAUCAAAUAUGAUUAUUUAAGUUAUAGGUUAUUGGUUGUAUUUUUGUGGCAGCAAAUGUGACUGUCGUUUAAAGUACGAAGAACGAAGUAAGCAUUCUAAUGUGUAGGCUAUUUUAGACCCCCCUCAAAAAAAAAAAAUGCCAGAGACACCGUGCCCUGAUGUUAGUGACUAGCCAGCCAAAGACCAGAAAAAUUAACGUUUAUAUCAUUUCAUCGUAUCAUUAUUGUGAAACCCAUUUUUUAUGUCUCUUUCCAAACAGAUAUGCCAGGACCUGGUUCAACUUUAAAGAAAUGUGUGUCUUGUUCUAUGCCACUCAAUGUGGCUUGCAAGACGUGCAAGUACUGCAAGGCAGCGCAGCCCCACAAUCUGCGUUUGAAAAAAAAAAUUGAGCGAUUUGAUUUGAAAUCAGAGACAUGGGCCCAGGCCCAGAAAAAAAACAACACAUCAUCCCACCUGAGGGAUGACGCUUCUUUGUUGGUAUGUUACAGACUAUUAUUAUUUUGGGCUUGCAUACAUAAGUAAUUAAACACCUGUUUUUUUUUGUUUAGUUUUAGGUUUACACUUAUUGACUCAUCUUCUGAAUGAAAAAUCACUGUAAAGCUUCUAAUUACUGAUCCCAAAAUUCUAAAGACAGUUAGCAGCGAAAUAGUUCUUACGAAUAUGUAUGCACGCAGCAUAUGUCAUUAUGUUAGUAUACAAAGAACUUGCUUUAACUGACUCUGAAAUUUACCAGAGCAUAAAUGUUCAGAAAUAAUGUAGAUUUUGCUUUACUCUUGUUGGAAGCUGGAAAGGUUUCAGGCCCUCGGCUCCAGGGGUGUGUUAUUUAUAUCCCGCCCUGGGACCAAAUUGUGGACCUGUGAGGUUCUGAUGCCCAGAUGUAAGAUCACUGAGGCAGCAUCUGCCUGCCUAAAGAGGAUGGAGGCGUUGUUUGAAUUUGUUGUUCAAGGUUGGAGUCAGUCAGAGAAAGUGACAGCCUCAGCAGCAGAGAUCCCACAGCCUCCUGUGGACAACUCACUGGCCACAUCAAGUUAUUGUGGAGCCCCUACUCUUGCCAUUCCUACCCUUACAAGUGCUAAUCUUGCCAUUCCUACUCCUCCAGCCCCCACUCUUCCCAUUCCUACCCCUCCAGCCCCCACUCUUCCCAUUCCUUCACCUCCAGCCCCUACUAUUCUCAUUCUUACCCCUCCAGCCCCUACUCUUCCCAUUCCUACCCCUCCAGUCCCUAAUCUUCCCAUUUCUACCCCUCCAGCCCAUACUCUUCCCAUUCCUACCCCUCCAGCCCCUACUCUUCCCAUUCCUACCCCCCCAGGCCACACUCUUCCCAUUUCUACCCCUCCAGCCCAUACACUUCCCAUUCCUACCCCUCCAGGCCACACUCUUCCCAUUCCUACCCCUCCAGCCACUUUUCUUUCCAUUCCUACCCCUCCAGCUCCUAAUCUUGCCAGUCCUACCCCUCCAGCCCCUACUCUUGACAUUCCUACCCCUCCAGCCCCUACUCUUGAUAUUCCUACCCCUCCAGCUCCUACUCCUGCCAUCCCUGCUCCUGGAGGAAACAAGAGGAAGAAGAAGAAUGAUUGCUCUCACAGCAGCCAGGAAGUAUACAAGGGAGAUAUUUUAAAGGAACGAGUUAAAGAGGGAAGGAAGGAAUACCUUCUGAAAUGGCACCCUUGCAGUUUAUGUGGAAAAAAAUGGAGAAGCACCUGGGUGGAGGAGGAUUCCUUCCUUGCAGUGUAGUGUGUGUGUGUGUGUGUGUGUGUGUGUGUGUGUGUGUGUGUGUGUGUGUGUGUGUGUGUUUAAUAAACAGUUGUUACA